AUGUCGGGCGGACCGAUCGAGCGCCGAAGUUUUACCUAUGAACUCACAAAAGGCAAUGCUUUUGUUGACCCAAGUCUCAAAUAUGGUAUCGAAUGUGUGUGGAGAGGAACAAUGAACAACUCCUACAAAUCCGCUUUCACAUGGGAAUUCGAUUGUAAUGAGCUCGAAUAUCAAGAAGAGGAUGAGCUCAAAACUGAUAAAAUAACUGGUCACAUCAUUCUCAAAUCAGAGAAGAAUUCGUUCGCUCCGGUUAAAAUCGAAGUGAAUUUGACAAAAGAUAACCAAAUGAUCGCAAAACAAGUUGGAGGUUGUUACACUUCAGAUAUUGUCAACUACGAAUAUUCUCUCACUCCACAUUACACUCCGAUUGAGAAACCGUCAUACGAUGAGAUGUUUGCUCCAUCUGACCAAAAUGAUGCAAUUCUGAUUGUCGACGGAAAGAAGCUUCAUGUCUGCAAAACGUUUCUUUCCUACCACUCCGAAUACUUCAGCGCUCUUUUCUCAUCGAAUUUCAAAGAAGGACAAAUGGAUGAAAUUCCGAUUGGAGACGUCUCUUACGAAGAUUUCGCUCUUCUUCUCAGCACUUUCUACCCAAAUCCAUCAUUCCCAACUGACAAGACUGUCGAAAAACUUCUGGAACUAGCUCGUCGUUUUCUGCUGUCUUCAGUCAUAGGCAUUUCUGAAAAUCAUCUUUUGAACAGUUCAAAAUUCAAUAGUGAGAAGCUGAUAUGGUUGGCAGACGAGUAUGGAAUGCCGAAUCUUCUCGAGAAGUGUAUUCGUGUACUGAAUACCGUGGAGAAAGCAAAUAAAUUGAAGAAAUCGGAGGCAUAUGAACAAUUGUCGGACAAGACCAAAUUGAAAAUUGUCGACCGAAUUUUAAAAUUGUCCCAUAUUUGA